GUGCAGAUCAGCAGGCUCCUCCACCGCUGGGGAACAGCCGCCUUUUGUGUUCCCCCCUACUGCAGUGGGGGAGUGCAUUUACCGUCACGCCCAAGGGGGGGAGAAGCCAAGAAGUAUCCUCCAAUCAGCCAUUAGUGAUUUCUCUCUUCUUGUGCGGCUGCUGAUGGUGAUUUCUCUCUGACCCGAGCUGAGCGCUGCACUGUGCUCACUUCACAAACCACCUGGAAUACUCAGCAUGGUCUUUAUUUCUUUUUCUCAAGCACAAAUGCUCUCCUGUGGAUAUUUCAGAAAAAGAAUGACCAGAGGAUAAAAGGAGGAUUAAAAUGGAUUUACUGAGUGCUACUUUCACAUUUCCCUGCCGCAGAAAGAAGAUGGACUAACUUUUGCAGGCGUAUUUCCCCAACAUGAGGACCUAAUCUUUUUACUCAAUGCUUAAAAAAGAAUAUAGGCUUUUGAUAAUAUUUUGUCAUUUCAUACCACGUUUUAUUCUGAAAGCAUGGGAGGAAGGGGAUGAGCAUUGCAGAAUAACCAUGUAGGAGUGAUACACAGGUAGAUAGAGGUGUAAAGUGGGCUGGAGGUGGAGGGGGAGAGAAGGGGGAUCAGCUGGUGCACACCUGCCUGCUGAGCACGUCUGACACCUCGCUGUAGCCAGAUUAGCGCCUGCUCUCCAGAGUUUGACUAUCAGUUGGUCUUUUCCCGAGUUCAGAUAGCUUUCCUGCAUGCUUGUGUGCAAAUAUAUACCCGUGAGUACAGUGUGUGUGUGUGAGUGUGUGAGAGUGUGAGUGUGGGGUUUGUGUCAGGAGCCAGAGUUUGGGAUUACACCGCCUCUGGAAAGGAUACAGGUGUAGCGGAGCCUUUGAAUGAGGAUUAGCAGCUCUAACACCUUGUCGCUGGCAGCAAACAGGGCGAUGGACCUUUUAGACAAGACCUAGAAAGCUACACAUGGGCUGGCAGUUCUCACUGUAGGGUUAGAGAUGAAGGUUUAACCGAGAUGAUAAUACUUGGAGUAAAGGGAGAAGUUGAGGAAGAACGUUGUACUGACAGUUUGUCAUCCUUUUAAUUCAGAUUUCCCUCGAGGGAUGCAGACACAGGUUCAUCUUUGAGAUAGUGUGAGUUCUGUAUCAAUAGGCUGAGCUGGACAAAGAAAAUUAAUGCAUUGACACAUGUGAGAAUGUGUCAGGGAGAUGUUAGAAAGUAUAUCCACAAUUUGAUUAAAAAAAAAAAACCAUGAAAUCAUUAAACAUUUUAAAGGCAAACAUUGAUGCCACUUGGGUUAAAAAUUCUUAAUUUCCCAAGAAUCCAGCAAGCACACAAUUUAAAUGAUCCAUGGGAUGGUUGGGUAUUGAUUUCACCACACAGUCAGGAUAGAGUCAUGUCUGAUCUCUGCUUGAGAGGUCACUAAUUUAAUUAUAAUCCGUCAUUUGCUCUCAGCCUUGAGCUGUCUGCUGAGUGCUGAGUCUGCUGCAGUUUAGAGAAUCAAUAGACUAAUACUUGUCACAAUAUCUGACAACACAGCGGAUAAACACAAUGCAAUCUAUGUAAUGUAGAAUUGUUGUAAUUUAUACUUUUGCUAUGUGUUUUUUUGCACGUCUAGAGUGACUUGAAGAGGUGGAGAAAAACAUGACUGCAGACAUUUACAGGAAAUUUGGCAGCUUUUGUGUGUAUAUCGUGCAGUUUUGAUGCAUGUGCUGGAGCUGUCCAAACAUACACCUUAUCUUAGCUGCACAGCAAGAGCUUAAAGAUCCUGGGUAAUAGUGUAGAAGGCAACACCUUGCACCAAAUCAGGACAUACCUUUGUAACAAUGCAUUGAUUUUUAAGUGGUGGACCUCAGCAGGGGGAAGCGAGUCCUGUCAGGAGGAAAAGUUAUCUCUGCAGACACACUCAGCAGCCAUCCUGGAAAGCAGAGUAAGUGGGAAGCUCGGUGUGGGAGUGAGGAAAGCACUGAGGCAAGUUCUUUGAAAGCAGCGUUGUUUGUAUCUACUUUGUUCAAAGAGUGUUGCUGAAAGAGAGACGUUUGGUAGGUUUUAGUGCUGCGAGGGGAAAAACUCAGGAACAGCGAGGGGGAGUUCUGAUUGAGUUCUGCUGGGGAAAAGAGCCUGCUCCAGUCUGCAGGUUUCAGCAUUCAAGCACAAACAAAGCGAGCUGCAACAAGAACGAUAACCUUUUUCAAUUUAAUGACAUGAGCACAAAACAACAGGACUCUUAAAAUCUGUUUUCUAUAUGAAAGAUUACAUCUGAACUGGAUGAUCUACAAGCACAUGAACUUAAACAAGCAACAUUUUUUUACCUGCAAUGGAGACAAAAAUCAACACAUCCUGCAGCUCUAAAACUAUCUCCAGAUUUACCAUUUCUCUGGAUUAUAACACCUAAAGUCGUGGACACGAAGAGGAGAACAGGGACACACCCAAACAAGCUGUGAGUCCAUGUCUUGCAUGGAUGUGCAACUCUGAGGUGGUGAAGUGUAGUGUACCACAGCCCCGUGAAUGAGGGUGGGGCUCUCCUCACACUGCCACAGACAAAGACCCUGAUAGAGAGAGUCCUGGUGUGAGAAGUGGUUAUCAGGGGCAGUUUUUUUUUUUGGACCUGCACAGUCCGGCGCCGAGUCAAAGUCACAAUGGGGUGCAACAUGUGCGUGGUUCAAAAGCCUGAGGAACAAUACAGGGUCAUGUUCCAGAAGGGUCACAUAAGCAACAUGUUGUGCUCUUUUGACGCUGAUGGUCGAGUAAAGGUGAAUGGGAAGGAGCUGUCCCGCCUUUCCAGGGAUCCCACCCUGGACAUACGGGACCCUGUGCUGUCCAACAUACUGCGGCGGGGGGCCCGUAGACGUGCAGGCCUAGCGGGAGCACCCGGAGCACCGGUGCCAGUGACCAUGGGCAUGGCCGACUGUGUCGACAGCUGCACCCAAACAGACAUCAGCUUCCAGCAUAUGUUGACUCUGGGCAAGAGCAGCCAGCAUCCCUGCGGAGCUCCACCCCCACCCGACCCUCCGCCGUCCCCGCCACUGCCACCGCUGCUGGAGCCAUAUCUCUUCAAUGAACUCUUCACAGAGCCGGUUUACUACGACCCCACUGACUACUUCGACAUCACUCAGCAUGAAGUGGACAGGCAGGAUGAGCUGGAGUAUGAGGAGGUGGAGCUGUACAAGUCUCGUCAGCAGGAUAAACUCGGUCUGACGGUGUGUUACAGAACCGAUGAUGAAGAGGACCUGGGGAUAUACGUAGGAGAGGUAAAUCCAAACAGUAUUGCUGCUAUAGAUGGACGAAUCCGCAAGGGAGACAGAAUACUACAGAUAAAUGGAGUGGACAUCCAGGACAGAGAGGAGGCGGUAGCUAUUCUCACCAGAGAGGACAGCACUAAUGUCUCUCUGCUCCUCGCACGACCCGAGAUAGAGAAUGACAACCAGCUGGACCAGGAAGAGCUGGAAGUGGAGUCACUGGACAAUGCUGCUCACCUUCCCAGCAGCCACAGAGUGAGGAACGGCAGCUAUGUCCUGGGUGCUGGCCCAGGCAGCGUCUCUGGUGUGCUGGGUAACCACGGCCGCUCACUGAGUAGGGACUCGCCUGAUUUGCUUCAGACGGUGCUGAGCAACAGCCAGGAGCUGGACAGCGGGGUCGGUCGCACAGAUGAAAGCACGCGCUACGAGGAGUCUUCAGAACAUGAUCUUUUGGGAGAUGACCACACCAGUGCCUCCAACACAAACGCCACUAAUACGCCCGGCAGCAUGCGCAAGUUUUUGUCCAGCCGAGGGGAAACUCCACCUUUGCUGCACUCUCAGAACCUCCAGUUCAGCACCGACUCCCUCUUAGGCCUGGACUGUGUUAAUGGAGGAGGGCUGGAACAGUUGGAACGUUUAGAGAGGGCCUACAUGGCCGACCCCAUGAGGAUGAUGAUGCCUGGGCUGACGGACGAGGAGUGCGAGAGGUACAAGGAGCUCCUCGAAAUCAAAUGUUACUAUGAGAAGCACAGUAAUGAUUUGAUGCUGCUUGGCGAUCAGGGGCAGGCACAAGACGAAGGAGGUGUCUCACUGGACGUGAAUAGGAAUGAGAGCCUGACGCAGCACGAGAUGGCCCUUCUGGAAGAGGAGCUGCGCCACUUGGAGUUCAAGUGUCGCAACAUCUUGAGGGCGCAGAAGAUGCAGCAGCUGAGGGAGCGCUGUCUGAAGGCUUGGCCUCUCGAGGACAUGAAUGGAGCGAGUUCAGGGGUUGGGGUAGGAGCUGGGCACCUUGAGAUCAAUGGUCCUUUAGCCAGUGAGGAGUCCUGUCACCACGCUCUGUCCGAUAUCAAUGAGUUACCUGAGAGGGAACGCUCAGACAAGGAUAGUACCAGUGCCUACAACACUGGAGGGGAGAGUUGCAGGAGCACCCCUCUGGUCAAUGACCUGUACCCUUCACACUCCACGCAGAGCCUGGAGAGAGGAGAGGUUCUUCUCCCAGCAUGCAUGCAGCUUCCAACCUCCACAAGGCAAAGAGAGCGGGGAACCAGGGCUGAAAGGGACGGGACACAAGCAAACCUUAACCAAACCUACUCUCCCCACCCUCACAGGAGAGGAACCGAGUCAAAGACAUUAAACGCAGGUCCUAAGGUAAGGUCCCUGUCCCGGGAUGCAGGAACAAGAAGAGGUUCAGACGGAGGGGCGAGACGCAACCAAAAGGCCAACGGCACAGCUGAGAGGAAUGGGGGAUACAGUGCUGAUAACAGCCCUUACCUGUCCCGCCGUGGGACUGAAACAAAGCCGCCUCAGCGCUACCUGAGCUGCAUGCAACUGAGGUCUGCCUCCACCUCCGAGCAGCUAGGUGGACUGCGAGAGGGCAGCAUGGAAAAUGGGGGCGACGCCAGCCCGAUGAGUUUGGGCAGCACAUGUAAAGAUGUUGCCCAGGCUCCAGACGCAGGACCCUUACCCAUGUCCCCCCCACUGAUGCCUGCCUCCCCUCGUAUGGAGUGGAAAGUGAAGAUCCGCAGCGACGGCUCACGCUACGUGGCCAAACGGCCAGUGAGGGAUCGCCUCCUGAAGGCCCGAGCCAUGAAAAUCAGAGAGGAACGCAGUGGAAUGACGACCGAUGACGAUGCCGUAAGUGAAAUGAAAAUGGGCCGUUACUGGAGCAAAGAGGAGCGCAAGCAGCAGCUGCAAAAGGCCAGAGAACAGCGGCGGCGCAGGGAGUUCAUGAUGCAGAGUCGUCUGGACUGUCUGAGAGACCGUGAGAGAGAGCAGGGCGGCAACGGUGCUGGACAGCCGGGGACUAGCAACCAACAGGAGCCAAACUCCAUCCUGGAGCUGUGCCACCGUAGGAGCAUGAAGAAACGCAGUCGCAGAAUCCUGGACAACUGGAUCACUAUACAGGAGCUACUUGCACAUGGCGCACGGUCUGUUGAUGGAAAGAAGGUCUACAAUCCGCUGCUGUCUGUCACCACAGUCUGAGAUAAAGGGGGGAAUGCCAAAUGCCAAAGUGUCUCUAUAGCUCGAGUACAAGCUGCUUUGGUACACACUGGCACAUAUUUGUCUGAAAGGAUGCAGGGGUAUAAAGUGUAUGGCAAUACAAAGUAGCAUAGGACAAACUAAAAUGUUCAUAUAAAAGGAAAGCUCCUGACUGAAAUUGUGUCCGGUAACAGUACUUAUCAUCCCAAACAGAUAAACAAUACACACAUUUACAUUAGUGUUGAAAUAAAGCUGCAAUUCAGACAUCUUUUCCAUGAAUUCUACACGGAAUACUUUUUAGCUACAGUUUCCUCUUAAGUUUGCCUGGUUGAAUGGACCUAAACCUGUCUGAAAAAUGCUUCCGAGCCUUUUUUUGUUUAAACUUUUCCUCUCACAUGUGAAGCAGCUUUUAUCUUGCACAGAAACCCCGCAACUAAUUUUCAGAUAUAGAACCUGGACGUCACCGUCACUGCACAAGACAAAAAAAAAAAAAAACCUGUUUGGGUUGGUACAAGCAGACUCUCAGACAUUAAAUGGAAUAAGAGCACAUAUUAGUAUUUUGGAAGCUGUUACAUAUUCAGAGAAGUCUUUUUACAGAUGCGUCACUACUUGAGAGAUGGCACCACCUGCUGUAAAGCCAUUAGGGUAGCGGCGCACACUACCCUAUUAGCUACAUUUUUAUUAAAGAAAGAAUAAAGGAAAAUCAAAAGUCAAGACCCAUGCAGCUGUGAAAUAAAAAAAAAAAAAGAAUCACGUCUGUGCCAUAAGAGUCCACAAAGGACGUUUGCCUAAGGACAUUUUCAAAAGAACAUUGUGUGCAAGUUUAUGUAGUUAUGACAUUUUCUCAUUCGUGCUGUGUAUAUGUAAAAAUGCUCCUUUUUUGAAGAAGGAAAUGCAGCUACAAAAUUUUCAGACACACAUGCUUUUUGUAAUAAGUAGCUGAUCUGUGCCUUCCAUCCAGGCAGAUGUGGCUGUGUAGAGCGAUACAAGAAAGGAAGAAGUACCAUUUUACUGAAGCACAGAACUGACAGCUUGCUGCUUUUUAAAAAAAGAAAUAAGCACAUUGUGUCAUUAAAAGCACAACAAUGUUGAUAUUUUAAUCAA